UAGAUGCAAUUAUAUAUAAAAAGAAAACUACAAAUAAGAUAAGCUUUUAUCUUGAAAGAGUAACAUCUAAACAAACUUGUGCCAUGAGAUCACCAGCAAGUUCCAUUGUGUUCAAAGUUAGCAGGCGUGAACCUGAGCUCAUAGCCCCGGCUAAGCCCACCCCUCAUGAAUUAAAGCCAUUGUCGGACAUUGACGACCAAGAAGGUUUCCGUGCGCAUCUCCCUGUCAUACAAAUCUAUCGUCAUCACUCUGCCAUGCAAGGAAAGGACCCUGUGAAGGUGAUUCGUGAGGCAAUCGGUAAAGCACUAGUGUUUUACUAUCCGUUUGCCGGUAGGCUUAGAGAAGGACCUAACCGCAAGCUUACAGUGGAAUGCACCGGUGAAGGAGUGUUGUUUAUUGAGGCUGAUGCCGAUUUUGAGCUUGAACACUCCGGCAACGUACUUCAACCUCCAUUUCACUUCCUAGACGAGUUCCUUUUCGAUGUACCUGGCUCUAGUGGAAUCAUAAACUGCCCUUUGUUGCUUAUUCAGCAGGUAACACGCCUCAAGUGUGGUGGUUUUGUUUUCGCCCUCCGGUUCAAUCACACAAUGACCGAUGGCUCUGGCUUAGUUCAAUUCAUGACAUCAAUUGGUGAACUAGCCCGCGGAGAACUUUCCCCUCGUAUCCUCCCAGUAUGGGAAAGACAAGUCCUUAGCGCGAGGAAUCCACCGAGGACUACAUGCAUACAUAGAGAAUAUGAUGAUUUUACCACAGCAAUCCCAUUUCCACUUGAUGAUUUAGUUGAUCAAGCAUUCUUUUUUGGUCCAAAUGAAAUCGCCAUUCUUCGAAGCUAUGUUCCUCCUCAUCUCCGUCAUUGUACUACUAUGGAAAUAGUUACAGCAUGUCUUUGGAAAUGUCGAACUAUUGCUCUUCAAUCGAAACCAAUGUUAGAAAUGCGAAUACUAAUUGCUAAUAAUACGCGCAAAAAAUUUAGUCCUGAUUUAAUACCAAAAGGGUAUUAUGGCAACGGAUUUAUGAUUUCAACAGCAGUCGCCACUGCUGGAGAACUCGUAAAAAAUUCUAUAGGCUACGCAUUAGAGUUAAUUAGAAAAACUAAAGCAGAGAUGACUAGAGAGUACGUGCAAUCAGCAGCUGAUACGCUAGUGAUUAAAGGUCGACCUUGCUUUCCGGUGGAGGGUUCAUAUGGAAUAUCAGAUUUGAGAAAUUUAGGAUUCAGAGAGGUAGAUUUUGGGUGGGGGAAAGCUAUAUACGGUGGUGUUGCUAAAGCCAUUCCUAUCCUGGUAAGCUAUUAUGUAGCGUAUGAGAAUGAGAAAGGAGAAAAUGGAUUUGUUUUAUUAGCGUGCUUGCCAGCCCAAGUAAUGGAGAGAUUUGCGGAGGAGUUACAGAAUCUGUUGCAGGGUGCUAAGCCAUUCAGUGAUGGUGAUAGAUUGUCACCAAUUGUAAAGUCUGCUUUAUGAUAUUGCGGUAAAAUAAUUUCGAAUGAUCCUGAAUUUUAAAUUUUUUAGCUGACCCAAUGACGGGUUUGACAUAUGAAACUGGUACCGUUGUAUAUAACAUUUAUAUCAAAUUAGAUCCAGAUCU